UGGUACUUUGGUAGCAGGUGGGAUUCCGUGAAUGCAUUCAUCUUUAUAACUCAUGGAAGACACCGAAUACAGAGAAGAAGUAAAGUGACUCAAAGUAGUAGCAGCCAUGGCUUCUAAUAAUCAAGUGCUGCUUCUUGCAUUCACACUCACACUCACACUUUUCUUGCAGUUUCUACCAUCUGAGAUUGAAGGUAUUGGUGCAAAAGUUGAAAACCUUCCUGGUUAUGAUGGACCCCUUCCCUUUCAUCUUGAAACCGGGUAUAUUGGGUUGGGGGAUUCAGAUGAUGACAUGCAAGCUUUCUACUAUUUUAUUAAGUCAGAGAAUGAUCCUAAGAAUGACCCUCUUUUGCUAUGGCUCACUGGUGGCCCCGGUUGUUCUUCAUUUUCUGGCCUUGUUUAUCAAAUAGGUCCAAUGAAAUUCAAAAUUGAGGAAUUUGAUGGGAGCUUGCCUAAGCUCAUCCCGAGGCCACAGUCAUGGACAAAGGUGGCUAACAUUAUUUUUGUGGAUUUGCCAAUGGGAACUGGAUUCUCUUACGCCAAAAAUGUCCUUCCCCAUCGAAGUGACUGGAAGUUUGUUCACCAAACCCAUCGAUUUAUUAGAAAGUGGCUUGCUGAGAACCCGGAAUUUCUUUCAAAUAAGUUCUACAUGGCAGCUGAUUCGUACUCCGGCAUUCCUGUUCCUCCUAUUACUCAAGAGAUCGCUGAUGGAAAUGAAAGAGGUCUCGAACCCCGGAUAAAUCUCCAGGGAUAUAUACUAGGAAAUCCACUAACAUCAGGAUUAGAAGAUAAUGAUCGGAUCCCAUAUGUUCACGGAAUGGGGCUUAUUUCUGAUGAACUCUACAGGUCCUUGAAAAAAACUUGUCAUGGCAACAUUAUAAAUGUGGAUUCUACAAACAAAUUUUGUCUAAAUGACAUGCAGUACUAUCAUGAGCUUCUUGAAAAUAUUGAGUUGUACAACAUUUUGGAGAUAUAUUGUGUUGAUGAGAAUAUCAAAGGAACAAGACAGAACCCCAGGAGAUCUCUGGCUCAGAAGAUAAAGGCACCUUUGAGUUCUCCGGUCACAGUGCCGGAUAUGCGCUGCCAAAUUUAUGGUUUCUUCCUUGGUACGGAAUGGAUGAAUGACCCUGCUGUCCGUAAGGCACUGCAUAUUCGCGAGGGAACUAUAGGGAAAUGGAACCGGUGCUAUAGUGACGAUUAUGUAUCUGACAUCCGUAGCAGCGUUCCGUUUCAUGCGAAUCUAAGUGCAAAAGGCUACCCUUCCUUGAUAUACAGUGGGGAUCACGAUGCAGUAGUUCCUUUCUCGUCGACUCAACGAUGGAUAAGGUCUCUAAAUUACUCCAUUGUAGAUGAUUGGAGGCCAUGGUAUUUAAAUGACCAAGUUGCAGGAUACACGAGGACUUACUCGAAUCAAAUGACAUUUGCAACUAUAAGAGGUGCAGGGCAUACAGCUCCAGAGACCAAGCCGGACGAAGGUUUUGCCAUGUUCGUUAGGUGGAUAUCUAAUAAGCCUCUUUAGCUUAGCCACACAGAUGCAAGAAAUCUUGGUUACACAUUGAAUUCUGAUUAAUCAUUAGUCAAUAUUAGUCUGAGAUAGGUUUGAAUUGGUCUACAAAUUGUUUUUAAGUUUAUCAAUUGCGAAUUUGCGAAAAACAUCUCGUGGACUAAGUGAGCCACGGCCAUUUAUUCGAAGAUCUAAAAUUUUGUUCUUUGCCCUACGUAUUCUUUGGAGAAAAUCCUUAUAGUAGUCCUGUGAUUCAUUU